AUGGUACCUGACACCGACGGCGCUCCAUGUCAGGAACCCAGAAAUCCAUUCUGGGAAAAGAUCCAGAAAAUAAUACAUGAGGUCACGGACAAGCUCUUACCACGGUCCCCAGCCACCUUCCUUCUCCAUCACACCACCAUGACGUUGCAAACGUACACAAGAUCCGUUAUCCCCCGACUCCUAAAUGAUGCCAAGGCGAUGAUCCACAUCUACUGGAAGCAGACCAACACACCCUUGCUAACACGCUGGGUGGAAGAGGUGGAAGCAACAAGGAAGUUCGAGGAUAUGAAAGCAAACACCCCGCACCACAGAGACCGCUACACCAAACGCUGGUUCCACUGGACGAAACUGACCACAUCCGACUCCUUCAGACACCACUUGGCCGCACUAUAA